AGGCAUGUGACUGCGCGCCCACGCGAACCGUCGGGCAGAUGCGGAGAAAGCGGGAGGGGAAAAGGCAAAGCAUCACUUCAACUUAAUUCAACUUUAUCACCCGAACACUGGAACUCCUGCAGGGCUUACUGUAUAGCACACUCGGGACUGGGCAUAAUUUGAGCGAACAAGGGAUUUAGCGGUGUGUGUGUGUUGGAGUCCCGUUUGACUAUGGAUUCAGUCGCACCUGGAAAAAAAAGGGUGAGCUCAGAGCGAAGGAAGGAGAAAUCCCGAGAUGCAGCACGUUGUCGGAGAGGAAAAGAAUCGGAGGUGUUUUAUGAACUGGCCAGAGAACUACCCUUCCCCCACAGCAUCACCUCUAACCUGGAUAAAGCAUCAGUCAUGAGACUCGCACUCAGUUACCUGCGCCUGCGUAAGCUACUGAACACAGAUAUACUGGAUGUGGAGACUGAAUUGGGCUCUCAGUGGAACAGUUCAUAUCUGAAAGCUCUGGAUGGGUUUCUCAUGGUUCUUUCUGCUGAUGGUGACAUCGUCUACCUGUCAGAGAAUGUCAGCAAGUGUCUAGGCCUACCUCAGAUUGACCUUACUGGACACAGUGUGUUUGACUUUACUCAUCCAUGUGAUCACGAGGAGCUCAGAGAAAUGCUGGCACACAGAAAUGGUCUGGGUAAGAAAGCAAAGGAGUUUCCCACAGAUAGAAGUUUUCUAUUGAGGAUGAAAUGUACACUGACCAACAGAGGGCGUACUGUCAAUGUCAAAUCUGCCUCCUGGAAGGUGCUGCGGUGUUCGGGCCAUAUCCACACAGCAGAUGGUGUCGUGAAGGAAAAAAAUGCGUGUUCAACGUACCUGGUGCUCAUCUGUGAGUCUAUUCCCCACCCGGCAAACAUUGAGGCUCCUCUGGAUUCUAGAACAUUCCUCAGCCGCCACACUUUAGAUAUGCGCUUCACCUACUGCGAUGAGAGGAUCACAGAGCUGUUGGGUUUUGAUCCAGUGGAUCUGUUGCAGCAUUCUGUGUAUGAAUACUAUCACGCUCUGGAUUCUGGCCACAUGACCAAAACACACCACAAGCUGUUUGUAAAGGGACAAGUGUGUACCGGACAGUACCGGCUGCUGGCUAAAGCAGGAGGAUUUGUUUGGGCAGAGACUCAGGCCACUGUGAUCUAUAACAGUAAAAACUCCCAGCCACAGUGUGUGGUCUGCGUCAACUACAUCCUCAGUGGCAUUGAACAGCCCAAACAAAUCCUGUCCCUUCAGCAAACCAACAGCACAACAAUAAAGCGAGAACAGGAAGAACACCAGGAGGAGUUCCUUGGGGCUGAUGUGACCAUGGCUGAGUUGAAAGAGGAGGGAAAACAGAGGGAUGAAAAGGAAGAGGAGUCUGUGGAAGAGGAGUUAAAUGACAGCCUGAAGGGGGAGCCAGCGGCACUGACUGUAGACCCUGUCCUCACACUGGAUUUCACUACCACAGACUCGGCGAUCUCUGUGCUGACAGAAAUUCCUCUCUACAACGAUGUGAUGUUGCCCUGUUCAAGUGUACUGCUACCCCUCUCACCCCUCUCUCAUCCCUGUUCCUCCCUAAAUGAGGAUGAUGCCUCCACAGCCCACCUACAACCUGAUGACUUCCCCUUCCCACAAUCUUCGGCUUCUUCCAGAUCCCAGGUUGAUCUCCACGUGGAUUCAGAAUUUAGUGACCAGCUAAAACCGGAUCACGUGGAGAAACUAUUUUCCAUGGAUAUGGAGUCCAAGACACCCUUUAUUACACAGGGAGUUGGUUUGGAUCUGGAGAUGUUAGCUCCAUACAUUCCCAUGGAUGAUGAUUUCCAGCUGCGGACUGUUUCUCCAGCCGAGUCGAUGUGUUCCAGCCCAGGUUCAGCGCUUGAACUGACCCCCUCCAGCAGCACGCAAACUGCCCCUGCUCUCCCAGCAGCCCCUACAGACUUGAUGUCCUGUGACACCGUUCAGCAGGACACUAGAACCACAGAGCAGGACAGCAGCAGAGAAAUUAUUCAAGACAGUGAUAUUUCUUCUAAAUGUCAGACCAACCCAAAGCUGCUCAAGAGGAAACUUGAGACCAUACCUCUGUCUGAAGCAAUAAGACUGGGGUCUGUGUUGCAGUUGGUGACUGAUUUUCCAGAGAAAAAGGCCAGAAAAUCAGAUGCUUCAUCAUCAGAAGGGAUUCGACAUGCCACCAUACUGUUGCUGCCAUCUGAUGUUGCGAGUAGAUUGUUGAGCAGAUCGUCAGAGGGCGGAGCCAUAACUAUGCCCCUCCCCCAGCUUACCCGUUACGACUGUGAGGUAAAUGUGCCUGUGACUGGACGGCAGCACUUGUUACAGGGGGAGGAGCUACUGUGUGCCUUAGACCUAGUUAUUUAAAAAGCCAUACUUGUGUUUUCGGAUGAAAAGGGAGAUAUCAGUGGCAUUAUGGAUUGACUUCCAUUACAAAGAAACAGUGGUGGU